CGUCUGUGCUAGCAGGCGAGCAGUAGCUACUCGCGUUACGAGACGAUCAGGGCUGCAGUCUGAUGUGUGAACGCGGGAGGAGAGGACGCGUUAAUCUGUGUAUCUCCUGUUCAGUCAGUAAGAGAGAAGUGCAAGUCUGCACGUUAUUACGGUUUGGAUGUCUCGUUUUGGUAGACGCAGUCGGGUCGGAAUGUAAUUAUGUUCAUGUGACUGUGGAGUCAAGAAGUGUUUGUUCCGGACUCGCGAAGUAUUUCGCAUGUGUGGCGUUGUUUACGGUACAGUUCUUUGCUGCGGAGUGAUUGGAAAAAAAAGGUAUUUUAAACAUAUCGCGAGAAUGUGCUGAUAUUGAAAGUGAUUUGGAACGAUCUUUACAUAGACCUACCUAGUCUGUAUGCCAAGUAAGAAUGACGUACCUCAUGGAAAACAUAUGAAUAACAUAGCUUAGAAUUCUGAAUUGUGUGUAAUGUAAUAAUAACGUUAUGGGGGAGUAUACAUAACUAGGUGUGUCAAGAAAGUGAUACGUUAUCUCGCUGUUGUCCGAACUGCUGUUAUCUCCUCCAGAGUCCACAAAACCUCAGUUGUGAUAUAAGCUUCUCUCCAUCCAGUUCAUUUUUGUUCGGGUGUGACAUUUUUGGUGUCAAGGGAUAUAUAAGAGGAGUGUGGAAUAAAUAGCAUACAAAGCAAAAGUGUUUCCUUCUGUGUAACAUGGUGAAAAAGAAUUAUGUGUUUGUUAACCUGACGUCUUAUAAGUUCGAACACUUUUAAUGAGGUAGAGCGUUUGUAACUGCAGUGGUCAUUUGAACUGGAGUGUCGUAAAAAUAGUUGGGCUUGCUAAGGCUGAGAAAACAAGGAAGUGUUACAUCGAGCACGUUCAGGAACUCUCACAAACCUCUUCGAAGUGCACUGACUGCAUGUAGUGAAACAGGAAGAAGGUCUUAUACACUCCAUAAACUUUGAUGAAGGUUGAGUUAAAAAUUCAGUACUGAAUUCAGUAUUAAAACUUUGUAAAGAACUUUUCGUUUAUAUUAUUUUUUGUGUGUGUGGAGCAUUAAAUACUAUUCCGUGUUUUGUAACAAGUAAAGCGAUAAAUAAUUUCGGGAAGUAAUAUCAACAUACAGCUGACGUAUUUCAGCGUAAUAAUAUUUACUAACAUUAACUAAAAUCGUUGGAAACAAAUCAUAUUGAAAUGUUACAUAGUUUGAACGCGUUGGCUGGCAAGAUUUCGCCCCAAAGUGGCACUGACAAUAAUGCCAACAAAGUGAACGUACCAUCUGGGCAUCACCAUCACCACCACCAUCAUCAUCACAGCAAUAACAACACACACCCUCAUCCCUACAGCAAGCCGCCACCACCAUCCCCGGCUCCAUACGAAGAGAAACAGUCCAAUGGGACGACAGGGAGCCCAGAAAUUAAUACGAUGAACAACCCCGUGAACAACAUGACCAACAACACCAGUGGCACUGGCGGCGUCAAUAACUCUGAACAACCCGACCCAGACUUCAUCAAGAUGUUCGUGGGUCAGAUCCCGCGGUCCAUGGACGAGAACGACCUUCGUAAGAUGUUCGAGGAGUUUGGCCGUGUGCACCAGAUUAACGUUCUGAGGGACAAGGUUACAGGCCAGAGUAAAGUUGGGACGCCGUGCCGUUUAAUCGGGACAGUGAAUGUUGGAUGGCGCGCUUGUGGCGUGUGGCGUGGAGGAGUCAGUGAAUCAUCGCCGAUUCACUCAGUAACGAACACGUGCUUAUUCAGACAGUGUAGCAAUAAGCAGCAAGACUUCGCUCGGUGUUGUUUUAAGCAUCCAGGCUCGGAGAUGCCAGAAACGACCGAUAGUGAAAAUGACGCCAUUUUGGAAAUGCAACACGUCAGAAACUACGAAGAGUUUGCAUGCAUCAACAACAGUUUUCAGUGUUACAAAGAAAAUGAAGAUUAUCGGGACGCAAUUGUUGAACAAAUUGCAACAAAACACCAAAAUACACCAGACGACCAGGAAGGUGAUGAGGACGAUGCACCUGAGCUUGAGCGAGUGACGACUAACCAGAAUGCCAGGACAUUCGUUGCUGGAUUACGAUCCUGCUUCAUGCAGGAAGGCGAUGAAGGCAGUUCCAUAUCUGCACCAGAUACCUGCGCUGAUUUUGUUCAGUUGCAGCCAAUCAGGAGAACACGGCAGGGCACACUCGAUAAAUUCCUCCAACAUCAUUAACUGUUAAGAACUACAUACAUGCGUGUUUGAUACAUUAAAUUGAAAUUGUUUUUAACGUAAAUAUUUUUCUCUGAUCUGUACCAUUUGUUCCAGAAUUCAUUAACAGUAUGUUGCUCAAUAAAUCAUCUCAAUAAACGGGAGUUUGCCUUUUGUUUUAAAC